AUGGAAUUCCCAAACGAUGUCUGGUUCAACAACAAGACAUACCAAAUAGAAAACCUAUACAGAAAAAAUCAUACUAUCCAUUAUUAUUUAAAAAAAAAUGAUAUAGUUACAGCCUUAGCUGAAAUAAGAAAGGGGGUAUCUCCUUUUGUAAAAGAUGAAUGUAAUAGAACAUCACUAGAUAUAGCAAUCGUAUUAUUUAUGAGAAAGUUUAACGAAUUUAUUUUUACUUCCCUUAUCAUAGAUUAUUUAUAUAAAACUAAGAACAAAAAUGAAGAAAUACAAUAUGUAUAUAAUUGUAAAGGUAUAUUAGAAAAAUAUGACAAUAAGACAGAUUAUAAUGGAUAUGAUAUAUUCCAUAAAAGUGAUAAUAAAUACAUGGAUAAUAUAGGCAUGCGAAAAAAUAACAAUUGCAAAAUGGCAAAUGUAAAUAAUCAGGAUGCUAAUUUUAUAAAUUCCAUACUUUUGGAAAAAAAAAUCAAAUGUAAUUCUCUCAUUAUAAAGGAUUACAACAAUACUGAAGAUAUAUCCAAUGAAAAAUAUAAUAAAAAUUUAUUUUUUUCAUUCCAUAAAAUAUUAAUUUUAAAUUUAAGUAAAAAUAUGAAAGCACAAUUAAAUGAAAUUUUAAGACAAGCCAGAGCUCUUUUAUUUUUUAUUAAAAUACUAAGCAAAAAUAUUAUAUUAAAAAAAUCUGCAAAAAAUGUAAUUAAAGAAGAAAUUGAAAAAUUGCCUUUCCCCUAUUUUUACAAUGUAGCUAUACACACACUUUUUAAGUUUUUUUCGCCUGAACGUGUUAAGGUAAAAAAGAAAAAAAAAAAAAACAGCCAAAUAAACGAACAAAACAAUCACAGUAGUGAUAGUAGCAACUCCAGUGGUAAGGGUGGACACAAUGUGGUAAAUACAUGGGAUAUAAAAAACCCAGCAGAUUCCAGAAAAUUAGUCACUAAAAUACUUACAAACCAAUUAAUAGGAAAUGAAAUUAUCAUAUUUAUAGGAACAUUUUUUUCAUAUUUUUCUAAUUUAGUUUUUAUAUUUGGAGAAAAAAAUUUUCACACCAAUUUAAUAACAUCGCAAUAUUUACUUCAUAUGUCUUUUACUUUAGAUAAUGAAUAUUUAUUUAAUGUAAUAAUUAACAAAAAUAAUGUUUUUAAUCAAGCUCAAAUAUUUGACUGGAAUAAAUUAAUCGACUCUUUGCUACCCCAAAAAGAUCUUAUGCAAGGAUAUUAUAAACCUUUAAUUUAUGCUAAACUAUGUAAAUCUUUUUUAGAUAAAGUAAAAAAGUUUUAUCAAAAUAAAAAGAAAAAGAAAAAUGUAGAGAAAAUCCAAAAAAAGAAUUUCCAAAAUAAACAAAUAAUAUCCCACCACACUCCCAAUCUGCCAUAUAUAAGGACACCCUCAAUACAUAAAACCACCAACACUUGCAAAAAAUAA